AUGCAUCUGGCAAAACCAAGUUGGCUCGGGCACUUUGACGACAAAAAUCUGAGAACUUCGAUCUUUUCGGUCCAUGUUCACCCUGACGGAUCUCGUUUAGCAACUGGAGGUCUCGAUAAUAAAAUAAAAUUAUGGAGUACUGCCAGCAUAAUAGAUGUAAAUAAAGCAAACGAUUCUAGUGUACCGCGUUUACUGUGUACUUUAGGUCUUCACAAUGGUUCAGUACUCUGCGUCAGAUGGUCAAACAAAGAUGGCCAAUAUUUGGCCUCAGGUUCAGACGACCAACUUAUUCUGAUAUGGGAAUGGGAUAGCUUGGUAUUCAUAUGGGAUGGUAAAACGUUUGAAAAAUUACAUAAAUUAGAUCAGCAUCAUGGAUUUGUUAAAGGUGUCACAUGGGAUCCUGUGGGCGAAUAUCUUGCUACAGAGUCUGAUGAUAAAACGGUUAAAAUAUGGCGAACCACUGAUUGGACUGUGCAAGCUGAAAUUAGUGAACCCUACGCAAGCUCUCCCACAACUACUUUUUAUCGCCGUCUUAGUUGGUCCCCAGAUGGUUCUCAUGUUGCAACAGCAAAUGGUGCACAAGGCGCGGUAGCCAUUGCAGCUAUAUUUAAUCGAGGAGAAUGGCGUACUGAUAUAUCUUUAGUGGGGCAUGAUUCUGCGAUCGAAGUUGUGGCGUUUAAUCCAGUUAUUUUUAUGAUACCUGACAGUGAUGACGCAGACCCCAAUUCGGAGACUAUGGGUAGUGUAUGUGCUGUGGGAAGUCAAGACCAUAGUAUUUCCGUAUGGGUAACGAGGAAUGCCCAAUUUGGCACUCGGGUGUCAGAAGAGGAACAAGAAAAGCUUCUUUCAAAGUAUGGAUUCACGGCAAAGGAACCGAUUAUUCUCGAAAGUACCACUCAACUUAAUUUAGAAAGUGAAUAUGCAAUUGCAAAACGUAAAGAGAAAUCGGAUCAUAUGGCUAAUAUGAUGGCACCCACGGAUUCUACAACUGUUGAUAUGGAAAUUAGCAUUUCUGAAACAAGCAAUAAUUUAGCUACUGGUUCAAAUACUACUGACUUUGGGUCUUCAACUAUUCUACCACAUCCAUUACCAUCAGUUGAAAUGCAGCAACCAAUUAAUGAUAAUGAAGCAUCAAAAGACAUUAAUGGAGUAUCAACUUCAGCAUCCAACACAACGACAAAUGCUGCUAUAACCCAGCAAACUGUUACUGUGACAAAAGACGGGAAGAGGAGGAUUCAACCUCAAUUUUUGAGAAGCCUCACCUCAUCUACCUCUCAAUUACAACCGAACAUAUCUUCAACCUCUGAACAAAUUGUUGCUGAAUCAUCCACAUCAAGUAAUGGCCCUACAAGCGUUCCCACAAUUUUAAAUAAUCAUCAAAAAUCGUCAUCUGAAGAUAUAUUAAGCAGCGAGAUGGAUGCCCCUUCUCGCGCCUUGCCACCUGGCGGAAUUUCUACUCUUGUUAUUGGGAAUAAACGAAGUGCUUCGUCGGCAUCAGAUAUAACUACUCAAUCUAGCAAACGACAAAACAUAUCCAGGUCACAAUCAGAAAUUGACCUACAGCCAAGUGUUUUAAGGUCAUCCCUAGUUUCUCCAUCCGUUGCAAUGUCACAAGUAAGAUUAGCUACUCAUAAGGUUUUGAAUUACCUUGCUAAGGAUCGCCUCGAUGGUGCAACAUUAAAAUUAGAAUGCUACAAUUUUAAUGAAAAUAGUACGAAAACCACUAUAUGGUUUGACUACGUUCCGAGUGCAGUGAUACUUAUUACUGGUCAUUCUCAAUAUUCUGCUGUUGCUUGUGAAGACGGUAGUAUAUAUAUAUACUCUGCUGCCGGUCGACGGUUACUGCCGGUGAUAAUGCUCGAGUCAUCCGCUUCGUUUCUUGAAAUAUGUCGAGAUUAUCUAUUGGUUUUAACUCAAGUAGGGUUACUUGGCAUUUGGGAUUUACGAAACCUUAAAGCGAUCGUACAUUCCGUGUCCAUUGCGCCAAUACUUUCCUCUGCAUCAUUAAAUUCGGAUGAUUUUACUUCCUCUGUGUCAAUAAUAAGUGCACAUGUAAGAUCUAAUGGGAUCCCGUUAUUAAUCACGAGUACAAAUGAUGCAUGGUGUUAUCAUUUUGACAUGCACGUUUGGACGCGUGUGUAUGAUCCACGAUAUACGUCAAAAGAUUCAACUGGAUCGGAGGUUGGUGAGGUUAAUGAUGGUGGCAUAUUGGCAACACUCGAAAAUUAUGCAAGGCAAGGAGGCGCAAAAAAUCUUGGGUCAUUGUCACACUUGAGACGAUUGAGUGGAAAUGAUACUCCGGAACAACCAAAUCAUAUGAUUGGCUAUUUGGAAAAUCAGCUUAUUUCCGCUGAAUUAGUCAAUUCUCCUGUAGAGUAUAAAAAAUUGUUGUUCCAAUAUGCACAGAAAAUAGCUGAUGAAGAGGCAGAAUACAGAUUACAUGAACUAUGUAUUCAACUACUUGGACCUACAAAUAAGCAAGGAAUGUCGAAGCGUCAAUUACUUGAAGAAGUAUUGACGGUUCGUGAACUUCCAAGCCCGAACAAAUCACACCCUGGAAGUGUUGGUAUUGAACCUGAACUCGAACUACUUUUUUACAGUGGUUUGAGUUAG